AUGUUGACAGGCAGUCCUAGUGACCAUGCAGAUGAACCCUUUGUACAUGGAUGGACAAGAAGAGCCGAGCGAAAGGGAAGAUGGGGAUCAGAACAAGAACUACCAGGUGGUGAGGAACUGGCUCCAGGGAGAGACAGCAAUGGGUUGUGCUGAAAUUUGAAUUAUCAAACUUGGGGCCAGUCUUCUUUUUAUUAAUGACUCUGGCACAAAAAGUCUGAGUGUGCUAAGGAAAUUUGCUGAUGAUACAAAGUUGGGAGGGAUUGUUCAUAAAGAGGAGGAUCGGAAUAUUAUACAGGAAGAUCCGGAUGGCCUUGAAGAUGGGAGUGACAGAAAUGGGAUGCAAUUCAAUUGGAGAAAGUGUGAGGUCAUGCCUUUCGGGUCUGUUGAAUCUCUGCCCCAAGCUGGGGGCUCGUCCGUCGGAAAGAACAGAGGAAGAGAAAGACCUGGGUGCGUGGGUCAAAACCCAGGAUGACUAUGAGCCACCAUUGUGACGCGGCUGUGAGAAAGGCAAAUAUGAUGCAUCAGACCCAAUGAACGGGCACCACGGACCAUGAACUGGGGUGUCUUUGAAGGGCUCCUGAGCGGGGUGAACAAGUACUCCACGGCCUUCGGCCGCAUCUGGAUCUCCGUGGUCUUCAUCUUCCGGGUGCUGGUCUACGUGGUGGCGGCGGAGCGGGUGUGGAGCGACGACCACAAGGACUUCGACUUCAACACGCGCCAGCCCGGCUGCUCCAACGUCUGCUUCGACCACUUCUUCCCCGUCUCCCACAUCCGCCUCUGGGCCCUGCAGCUCAUCCUGGUCACCUGCCCCUCCCUGCUGGUGAUCAUGCACGUGGCCUACCGGGAAGCCAGGGAGCAGAAGCACCGGGAGGUAGCGGGCGAGAACUGCCGCCGGCUCUACCCCAACCCCGGCAAGAAGCGGGGAGGGCUGUGGUGGACCUACCUGCUCAGCCUCAUCUUUAAGGCUGCUGUGGACGUGGUUUUCCUCUACAUCUUCCACGAGUUCUACAAGAACUACACUCUCCCCGGCGUGGUGAAGUGCGAGAUCCCCCCGUGCCCCAACAUCGUGGACUGCUUCAUCUCCCGGCCCACGGAGAAGAACAUCUUCACCCUCUCCAUGGUGAUCACAGCCUGCCUCUGCAUCCUGCUCAGCUUGGUGGAGGCCUGCUACCUGGUAGGGAAACGGUGCCGAGAGUCCCUGCUGUCCAGACGCGAGAGCAGCCGGAGGGAAACGAGGCAAUUCAGGAGCGUCGUUCAUAGCAAGGACUGUUCCCUCUCCCAUGGCGAGCAGAACAGCCUCGAGCCGGGAGGGUGGGGUUUCCAUGCUGCAGAUUGCAAGCUAGUCGCGGCUCCAAACACAGCCAGUUCCCCGAUAGGAGAAGAUGUUAUCUCCUAAGCAGAGGGAAAGACAUAG